UAUUGCAUGGAGCACUGGGUGUUAUAGCAAACAGUGCAUCAUGGAACACUACAUCAAAAACUAAGGAGGUACUGUAUGUGACUAACAUAAUAAAAAAUUAUUAUUAAAAAAAAAAAGUGAUGUCUCCAGGCCGGGAGUCAAACCUCUUACAUUUGGGUGACCAGGAAGCUGGUAGAAAACCAGACAGAGCUUUGCGUUCACGGAACUCCCAGUGGUUGGCUGAGAGGGCUGUGCUCUGCAGACCUGUGGGCGUCUACACCCGUGGUGCGUGUCACUUUGAAGAUUUUGGAAAUGCGAGAUCAGGGUGAAGUGGCUCUGCUCACCAAGAGCAGCUGGUGAAUAAUCAUGUCUAGGAAAACAAUCUGCCUUUCAAAGGGAUGGAGAGUGUCAGUUUGUGAAGACGACGUGUCAGCAAACCUGUGGGGAUUGCUUUGCAGAGAGACUCAUUGAGAGUAUCACUCGUUUGGCCCCAGAUCUUUGUGUGUCUAAAUAUUGCUUGCGGAAGGGUGGUGGAGGGUGGGAGGUUGUUCAGAAUGCUGCAAAGAGACUGCCGCUCGCAGUUCUUCACAUAAGAGACCUGGAGUCAAUACGAUGUGUGCAUCAGAGGUCGGAUGUAGAUGGCCCAGGAGCAAUGGGACAUCCUCCUGACCCCAGGACCUCACCUCUGAAAAGGAUCAGGAUGACUGUGGAUGCUUCAGAUCUACUUUCCUUAUUUUUGCCUCUGUUUGGUGCCUUCUAACUGUUCUCCUGGCGUCCUUUCUCACUCCCAUGGUCUGUUCUCCACAGAGUGAGCUCUUAAAACGUGCAAAUCUGCUCAUGUCCUUCCUCUGCUUCAUGUCCUUCAAGGCCUUGUCCAUCCCACUCAGGGCAAAGAUCCAGGCCUGAUAUGGCCAAUACACACUGCGGCGCCUGGCUCCAUCCCUGCCCGGCCCAUCACCAGUGCCCUCCAAACCACUCCUCCAGCUGGCCUUGUUCCUUCCUCUAAGGCUCUUCCCUGCAGCCUCCUCUGGGACCUCUCUAACUCUUGCCCGGCUGUCAAGCUCAGCCAAACGUCACAGCAAGACCCCACCAGACAAAGCCAGGUGUGCCCUGCCCUAUGUGGUUUGGCACCAUGAACCUGUCCUUCACCACCCUGUUAGGACUUACCUGUGUGCAUGCUUGAUUCCUCUCUGUGGUCCCCCAACGAUGGCAAACCCCAAGUGGGCAGGCCACCUGUGCUUGCUUGCUGUACCCUCUCUAGGACAGGGUUUGGGUUCUUGGAGGGGCAGCCUCGGAGUGAGACAGGCAAGAGGUUGAUUGAGGGGGAUGCCGUGCAGGAUAAAGGAGGGGAGCAGGAGAAGGCUGGGGAGCGGCCAGCGAGAUGGGAGGAAGGAGGCCUCAGACCCCAAUGCAGACCUGCUUGUUAGAGUUGUCCUGGGGCCCAUGGAACAGGCCUGACUUAUUACCCUUCUCCCCUUCAAUCCCAAGAGGUGGUUGUUUGGGGUGACAGAAAUUCGGGAGUGUUCUGGAGCUCAUGGCAUCUCUGCUUUGCUGAAGGACAAAGAACUAUGAGGUAAACCAAUGGGGCCAACUAGUUUACCCCAUUCAUUUAAUCUCAAAUCGAGUUCUCCUUCCUCUGUGAUUAAAGUAGCACAUUCCAUUCUGUGACAGUUUCCGUAUGCGUGGCUUAUAUCCCCUCCUAGCUCAUGAGCAACUGGGGGUAGGGGUGGCGUCUUGCUCGUGUCUGCAUCCCACACAGCAGCUAGUGUUCAACAAGGAAUUGCUUUAUUAAAACGGAUUGCACAAUUAAAAUGGAAACACAAUACAUGCUGAUUUAUUCUGCACUAGCCCUUGCCUUGCUUGCUAGAUGCUUAUUACAGUGACCCAGAGCCACUUCUGAAUCCUCAAGUGCUCUCUGAACUAUCAAAGAAAGAUGAACUCGUGCUCAGUAGAGUGUUUGUGGUUAGUAUGUAUAUGAUUGGAUUCUGAGUCUCUGAAAACAAGUUAAUCCACAGGGAUGUGUGGCUUCUCUAUGAUUCAGGAUCUUUGGUUAACCUGAAUGUUUUAGAAAUAACUUAUGCCCCAACCAUGAAAAAUAGGAUUAAAAUUCCUUCCAUGAAAAGAAUACAUUCAUUUAUGCUUCCACUAUACAUUUGUACCCAAGUCGUGCUUUGCUAAGUCUUACGUGCUUGUUCUUUCCUGACUGUGUGUUCUCAGAAGUGGCCCUGAGCGCCUGUGUUUCUUCUUCAGGAGACAGACAUGCUUUCCCCACUGAGUCAUUGCAUCAUUGAGGAACGGGGUGGCCAGGUGACGUGCCCCAGCCCACAUGGCCAUUUCAUGUAGAUUUGAACUUUGGGUCCUGGUUUUAAGUUCUUCGAUGUAAAUUCAUGUUAUCAUGUUUUCUUAACUUACAUAUUUUAGAUUUCCUAUUUAAAAAUAAAUAUUAUCUGGCCAAUGUGUAUUGGAAUGCCUUCUCUGUAUACUAGGAUUUCUGGGGAUCAUGAGCGUGUCAGGAAGCUUACAUAGAGCAUAAGUGGGGAACAAUUUACAUACACUGAAGAAAAUAGCUAGCAGUGCUGGGUGGUAGUAAGUAGGGGGUCAGGAGUGGUGUGGACCAUCAUUUGUUGAAGUCCUGUGAGCUGCAUGAUCAGGACGAUGGAGAAGGGCAUUGGAAGCUGAAGAAUGGGAAGGAUUUGUCUGGAAGGACAGUGUUAGAGGCAGGCAGACAGGAUUUUUACUGAUCUGACGGUUGACGUAGGUUUCCCCUAAUUUUCCCCAUAAGUUUUAGAUGAGCACAUGUUUCCAGGCACCUUAUCUGGACUGUAUGUAGAGGUCUUUUGACAUCCGGGUCUAUUCUAAGCUCUGCUCUUUCACUUCCCUCCCAUCCUGGAGCUCACGGGACUGGAUGGUGGUGGAGGUGGGGAUCCUACAUAACCUGGGCCAGCAGUUCUGCACCCCCUCCCUAGAGCCUAUUCCGGAGCGGGAGGCUGUGGGGAAUGGAGAAGGCUGCGUGAGGCACCCCUCCCUCCUCAGACUUUCCAGGGCCAGAUGGGCAGAAUGAAACCAUCUCUGAGUUUUACAAAGAACAGAAGACACAGCUGGUUUCCCUGGCCAACUCUCAAAGCGUCGAACCUUGUGGUGUUGUACUUCCUGCCCGCUCAACCCUGAAGGCAGCCAGGAUUGCUUACCACCUGCAGCGUCCUCUCGGAGGAGGCGGCUGGCACGGAGGCCGGGCUACAUGAGAAGCGCAGCUGGGCCCCGGAUUGGGUUCCUCUACCCAGCAGCGGCCACUCCAUUAUGGGCCCAGGGAGAGGCGUGCGGUGAGGAGUCCCACCAGUCUGAGUCCAGGGCCGGACGAUGUGGCCUUGAUCCUGGAGGCCAGCGGCAAGGCCCCUCGGUUGGGAGCCCUGUUCCUAGGAGCACAGCAGCCUCGGCUCUGACCUCUGUGGGCUACAUAGGCCUGGCUCUGACCCCUGUGAGAGGACCCUCAGGGCUCUUUGGGAUUCAGCUCAGAUCUGGCACCACACUACCUGCCAGGCCUGCCAGGUCGUGUGGCCCUGGGGACUCUGGGUGUCAGGGCAAGCUCCCAUCCAUGGACGGUUCUGAGCCCCCUGGCUGGAAUGCUGGCGGUGGUGAAAGAGCAAAGGGUACCUGGACAAAAGGCUGUCUGUCCCCAGAGGAGGUGAAUGGCAACAGCUGCAGCCUCGGAAGUGGCCCCAGGGUCCCCUCAGCCCCUGCCGGCUCUCAGGAUGCCUUCACCUCAACCUUUAGCUUCAUACGGCUCUCACUUGGCUCUGCUGGGGAACGUGGAGAAGCGGAAGGCUGCCCGCCCUCCAGAGAGGCCAAGACCCCUUGUCAGAGCCCCGAGGAGACGGAAGCCAAGGCUGCCAGCCUGGACAGGCCCCAUGAACACCCUCGACUUCUGUCUCCCUACUUCAAUCUCAAGGCUACUCAGCGCCUGGCACACUCUGCCCAGACCGCAGCGGGUGGCCACAGGCUGGAGAGUGAGACGCUUUCGUUAUUGGACGUGGACACCGCCUCCUUCUGCUCCCCAGGCCCCUCCUGGUCCGAGGGCAGCAGCUUGGGGGAUGCUCAGCGUUGGGAGACACUGCUCAGGAGGUGUGAGCCCGUGCUGCUGGACUGUCUGCUGAGCGACCAGAGGCGGCUGGAGGUAAAAUCCCUAAGAUUAAAGCUUCAGAAACUUCAAGAAAAAGCAGUUGAGGAUGAUGAUUAUGAUAAGGCCGAGGUGUUAAGACACAGACUGGAUGAGCUGGAGAAAGAGAAGAGCAGCCUGCAUUUCCAGCUCCCUUCGAGGCAGCCAGCCCUCCGCAGCCUCCUGGGCCACCUGCAUGCACAGGCCCAAGCCGCCGUGCGCCACAGAGCCACUCAGCUGGCCUGCAGUGAUGACCCCCACACUCCACCCAGAAUCGAGCCGAAGCUGUUGGAAGCCACUGCUCAGGACACCCUGCGUGUGUCCAUCACCAGACGAGACUGGCUUCUUCAAGAGAAGCAGCAGUUGCAGAAAGAAAUCGAAGCUCUGCAAGCAAGAAUGUCUGUGCUGGAAGCAAAAGAUCAGCAGCUGAGAAGGGAGAUAGACGAGCAUGAGCAACUCCUCCCCUGGCAGGGCUGUGACCUGACCGCGCUGGUGGGCGGGCUGUCCCUUGGCGAGCUGCAGGAAGUCAGCAAGGCCUUGUGUGACACCCUGGCCUUAGCCAACCAGAUGCCGCUCUGUGCAGAACCACCUGAAACCAUAAGGAGCCUCCAGGAACGGAUAAAAUCCCUCAACUUGUCACUUAAGGAAAUCACUGCUAAGGUGUGUAUGAGCGAGAAACUCAGCAGCACUCUCAAGAAGAAAGCAAAUGACAUUGAAACCCAACUCCCGGCAUUGCUUGAAGCCAAAAUGCUCGCCAUAUCAGGAAACCAUUUCUCUACAGCCAAGGAACUCACAGAGGAGAUUAGAUCAUUAACAUCGGAAAAGGAAGGGCUGGAGGGACUCCUGGACAAGCUUCGGGUGCUGAGUUCCAGGAAUGUCCAAAAGCUGGGCAGCAUUAAAGAAGAUUACAGCAGACUGAAAAGAGAGCUGGACCAAGGGGAAACUGCGUACGAAAUGAGUGUGAAGGAGAACGCUCUGAAGUACAUGGCACUGCUUGAGGAUAAGCUGCGUAGCUGCACGUGUCCACUGCUUAGAAAAGUGUGGGGAGCUGACUUGGAAGCUUGUCGGUUGCUUAUCCAGAGCCUACAGCUCCAGGAGGCCGGGGGCACACUGUCUGCCGAAGAUGAGAGGCAGACAGAUGACUUAGAGGGAGCCGUCUAUACAGCCGCUCCUGCCGUCUCCCCCAGGCUCCAUUCUGAAGUUGAGAGGAAGACUUCUUUGCAGGCCUUUGAAGACUGGAAGGUUCACCUGAGCCCAUCUCUGUACUUCGCUGGCAGUGAACAGAAAGAGGACUCUUGUGUCCUUUCUGCAGAACUUGGAGAAAAAUGUGAAGCCAUAGACAAGAAGUUACUGUAUUUAGAAGACCAGCUUCACACAGCAAUCCAUAGCCAUGAUGAAGAUCUCAUUCAGUCUCUCAAGAGGGAGCUCCAGAUGGUGAAGGAAACACUGCAGGCCAUGAUCCUGCAGCUCCAGCCAGCAAAGGAGGCGGGAGAGCGAGAGUCUGCAGCUUCCUGUGUGACAGCUGGUGUCCAGGAAGCACAGGCCUGAGGCGGGACAGGAUGAGGGGAGAGUGAGCGGCCACAUCAUCGAUAUAGAUGCACCGGAGGCCUCUCUCACCUCCCUUGCAUGAACCAAUGUGCCUGAAUCAAUGACGGACACAGGGCCCCGAGGGCUCCCUUGGAGAGGUGGUCCCCCUUUGCGCUCCUGGGGCUGAGAAUGGGGAGACCAUGCAUUGGAAUAUGGAGGGGAUGAUGUGCCGGAUUUCCUUCCAAGUGUCACCCAGAGGCACCUUUCCUGGGUCGUUCAUGGGAGCAUCCUGUACAGGACUUGAAAAUCUUCUCAUCUCAGCUCCCAUUAGGCAGAAGUUGGGGUUGAAUUCUGCUAGAAAAAUGUCUUUUCCUGUACCGUCUUGCUUUCUGCUGCAAUUAAAAUAUCUCCUGAUUUAA